CACACUUGUUUGUUUCAUAACUAGGACAUAGCUCGUCAGACAGGGACAUGCAUGGGAUUAUUGUUAUAGUGAUCAUUUCUUUACUGGCAAGAACCGUUCUUCUUGGUGACGCAGACGAUAUCCAAGAUGUCAUUGAAACGCGUCGAUUGGUCAGAUACAUUAAUUCUUCACCAAAGGAAUAUGCGAAAAUAGCAAAACUCGUAGAAAACGCGGCGAAUAUAAACGGAAUGUUCCGUACGUUGCAAACCGAACCAUGGGAGGAAUUUAGGAAUGAAAACAUUCCUGCUGUAAUGGCGGACAAUGUGACAGAAAUACCCGUAACAACCAUUCCUACUACUAAGCCUACCACAAAGAAACCGCCAAAACCAAAGAAAUUUCCAAUAUCCGAACUAUGUGCCAACCAUUCGGAAGCAUUGAAACAAGGACUUGCAAGACAGGACGUCUGGGCUGUAAGAAUGAUAGAUGCAGCUGGUAAACCACCAGCAAACAUUCUUGGCGGAGGAAUCGUCUGGUUCGGAGAUUUUGAUGAGUGUCUAGCUAUACAGGAUGUUGCCACCAAUGUUAGUGGCAUCAAGUACAGAUUUGAUGCACAAUACUGCAAAGCACGUGUUCCACUGAAAGGACCUCUCAAUAAUAUAAUACCCGGCAAUCCUACAGUGACUCUUGGUGUUUGUGUGCCUGACAGUUGUUCGAAGAAGGACGUACAAAAUCUGCUUCGCAAAUUUUUAUAUGAGAAUGUAUCAACCGAAUUGACAGCCAGUAUACAGACCUGCGUAGAAACAGACAUACCAUACGAUACACGGGCUGAAAUAGUACUGGUAGUGAUUGGACUAUUUAUCGCCGCCAUGCUAAGCGGAACUGGAUAUGACCUCAUUGUUAUACAAUGGCCAAAAUGGCGACGGAUAGAAGAAAUCACCUCAAGUGAGGAGAUCGCAAUCGAAGCAAGUGAAAAACAGCAAUUGAUUGAAAACACAAAAUCACGUGUCAAAGAAUAUCAGCCAGGUAUUCCAGGGAAGAUGUUAUCAUUCUCAAUGUACUCUACUGGUUCUAAAAAUCACUCCUUUUUACAGGUAUUCCAGGGAAGCUGUUGUUCUCUUCUCAGUGUACUCUACUGGUUUGAAAAAUCACUUCUUUUUACAGGUAUUCCAGGGAAGCUGCUGUUAUCCUUCUCAAUGUAUACAAAUGGUUCAAAAAUUCUCGAUACAAAGCAAGGAAAAGGAGUAAUUACAUGUAUAAAUGGAAUCCGAUUCCUGUCUAUGACGUGGGUCAUCAUUGGUCACGCAUUCAGUGCACCUAAUAAUAUUGCAGGUAAAUAUAAUGCAUUCAGUGCUCCUAAUAAUAUUGCAGGUAAAGUAAUUACUGGUCAUGCAUUCAGUGCUCCUAAUGAUAUUGCAGUUUCAGAUAAUGUUGCAGAAUUUAUGCCACGCAUGCUCAAACGAUGGACAUUUAUGGCCGUUUGUAAUGCAUAUGUGUCCGUUGAUUCCUUUUUCACUUUGAGUGGACUUUUAUUGACAUAUUUGGUGAUGAAAGAACUGGAUAAAAACAAAGGGCGUCUAAAGUGGUUCAUGUUUUAUUUUCAUAGAUUUUGGAGGUUAACGCCACCUUAUAUGUUGGUAAUAAUGGUGUCUGUAUCCCUGUUCCACUAUACUGGGACUGGACCAAACUGGCCAACAGCUGGAAUAGAUAAAGGUUGUGAAAAGGGAUGGUGGUACAAUCUUUUGUAUAUCAAUAACUUUGUAGAGGACAACAAGAAGAAGUGUUUUGGAGUUGCAUGGUACUUAGCGAACGAUAUGCAGUUCUAUAUCCUCAGUCCACUCAUACUUCUUCCAUUAUACCACUUCCAUUUACUUGGUGUUGGUAUUUUGAUGGUGUUCCUGGUCGGCACUACAAUAACAACAGGAGUUAUAUCAACUCAUUAUGAUAUUCCCGCCAAUAAUUUUGACGCUGGAGACGCUACACAUUGGAAGAAACUGUACGUUAAACCCUACUGUAGAAUAGGACCUUAUCUGAUUGGCAUGUAUGCUGGUUACAUACUAUACAGGACCAAUUGUAAAGUUCACAUCAACAGGUAUCUGAAUUUGGUGAUCUGGUCAGCAGCUAUAGGCACUGGAAUGGCCAUUGUUUACGGGUUAUACGAUGACAUCAAUAGUGAAACACCGCUUCCAACAUCUGUAGCAGCCUUUUACAACGCUGUUCACAGAACAGCAUGGGGCCUCUGUAUUUCUUGGGUUAUAUUUGCCUGUGCCACUGGAAAUGGAGGAUUUAUCAACACCAUCUUGUCAUGGAAAGCCUUUAUCCCCUUGAGUCGUCUUACAUACAUGGCUUACUUGGUCCACAUGAUGAUACUCAACCAUUGGAAGUACUCACAGACGAAAACCAUACACUUGUCUGAUAGUGAAUACAUUUACGAGAUUGUUGGACAUAUUGUGUUGUCGUUUAUGGCCGCUUUCGUGACGUCAUUAGCGUUUGAAUCACCAAUGUUAGGACUUGAAAGUGUUAUAUUCAGGAGAAAACAAAACAAGAGAUAACAAUGUGUCAGAUAGCAACAGUGUUUUGAAAAACUAUUAAUAUGAUUACGAAAAUUGUAUGUUUUGUCAAUAAUUCUUAAAAUAAACAUCUAAAGCCUG